UCUCACUCCCCCCUCACAUUUAUACACACUCUGUCUUUCUCUACCUGUGACUAUCUCUCUGGUUAGGAACUUUCCCUUUAAAUAUCCCCCCUAACGGAAAAUAACGGUAGUAAGUUGCCUGCUACGGUCCGGGUAUCUGACUUCUCGACCACCAGUGAAUUGACGUUCAGUCAGACAGGUGCGUGUGCCUUGCGAUGAGAACGCUGUUGAUAUCCCUCCUCUGCGUCCUCAGCGGGGUGGAAGAGACCUUGGCCGUACCUUCCACGAGAGAGUUCUAUAUCGCCGCGGUUGAGAUCGGUUGGGACUAUCUCUAUUGGGGCAGCGCUGACCCCGUAUCAGAACAAAGGAGGAGGACCAAGGAACCCACUCAGAAAUACAUAAAAGCUGUUUAUAGAGAAUACACUGAUUCCACAUAUUCAGUCCCCAAGCCUACACCAACAUGGGCAGGUAUCCAGGGUCCGGUGAUCCAUGCCCAGGCCAGUGACAGGGUGGUGGUGCACUUUAAGAACCUGGCGUCCCAGCCCUACAGUAUCAGCCCUGUGGGGGUCAGCUACUGGAAACAGUCUGAGGGGGCCGGAUACGAUGACGCCACGUCAAGCCAGGAGAAGGAGGAUGAUGCUGUCGCUCCAGGAGGAUACUACAAGUACGUCUGGGACAUCAAUCCUAAUGACGGUCCGACCUUGGGAGACCCAGAAUGCCUCACCUACUCCUACUCCUCCCAGGUGGACACUGUACAGGACUUCAACUCUGGGCUCAUCGGGGCUCUGCUCAUCUGCAAAUCAACUGCAUUUACAGAUAAUGGAGUUCGGAAAAGCAGAGAGUUUAUUCUGCUCUUUGCUGUUUUCGAUGAGAGUAAGAGCUGGUACGGAGAGGUGGGGAGUUUCCGGGAAAGAUUUAAGAAGGCCAGUGCAAGAAAACAGUACCACACUAUCAAUGGAUACGUCAACUCAACUUUACCAGGUCUGACGAUGUGCCAGGGACGAGACCAUGUGUUCUGGCAUCUCAUUGGAAUGGAAACGUCUCCAGAGAUCCACUCUAUACAGUUUCAGGAUCACACUCUGCAGGUGAUGGCCCACCGUAAGGUUACUGUGGAGAUGACCCCUAUGACCUUUACCACAGCGGAGAUGAAGCCCAGCACUCAGGGGAAGUUCCUCAUCAGCUGUCAGAUCCAAGAACACCGCCACGCGGGUAUGAGUGCAUUCUUUAAGGUAGAGGACUGCCCAGAGCCUGUGACGGUGCCCGGUCCUGACGUGCGUCAGGUCCAGCAGUCUGAGGAUAAGGAGGACUAUGAAUAUGGAGAUGACAUGUUUGAGACCUUUGUGUUUAAGCCUGGGAAAGAUCAGGCUGUGGGGCGCUCCCGAGGGGGGAAGAUCAAAAUCUGGCUCCAUUACAUCGCUGCUGAGGAGAUCAUCUGGGAUUAUGCACCCCACCUCAGCCAGGGAGACAGUCAACUGUUAUCGGAAUACUUUCCCAGGGGGCCUCAUCAGCUGGGUCAUGAAUAUAAGAAGGUGGUGUAUGUAGAAUACACUGACCAGACCUUCACCACGAGGAAAUCACCUGUUAAAAGACUGCUGGGACCACUGCUCAGAGGACAGGUGGACGAACACUUCCAAAUAGUGUUCAAGAACCUAGCAAGUCGUCCUUUCAACAUUUAUCCAAACGGCCUCACCAAGAUUUCUCCACUGCGUAAAACAGGGAAUGAGGGUGAAAAGGACCUUCGUUCACUGGCUGUACCCCCCAAUGGGACAUAUGGGUACAUGUGGAAACUAACAGCAGAGGACGGGCCCCUGGAGAGAGACCCACAGUGUCUGACCCGUCUGUACCAGAGUACCAUCAACCCUGAGAGAGACGUGGCCACUGGCCUCGUAGGACCCCUCCUCAUCUGCAAGAAGGACUCCAUGGACACCAGGGGGCGGCUGGUGGGCCCAGAUAAAGUGAAGCAGUUGAUGUUCGCUGUGUUUGAUGAAAACAAGAGUUGGAACAUCAAUGACAACAUUCAGAAGUACAGCAGAGACCCCUCCAUGGUCAACCCUACAGACCCUGACUUCUACAACUCCAAUGUCAUCUACAAUGUGAACGGGAUAAUGUUCAACGGGCAGAUGAUCCAGGUGUGUAAGGAUGACGUGACCUUCUGGCACCUGGCCAACGUGGGGACACAGAGCGACUUCCUGUCCGUCUACUUCACAGGAAACCCGUUCAUGAGGGACAAUGUGUAUGAGUCCGUUCUCACACUCUUCCCAAUGUCUGGGGAGACUGUUACCAUGGAGACCGAGCUAAUUGGUGAGUGGGAGAUCAGUGCUUUCGACAGUAGCCUGAAGAGCCUUGGCAUGAGCGCCCGCUACUCCGUCCUGUCUUGUAACAUUGACCUGCUUGUGGACAACGAGGACCUAGAGUACGGCCUGGAGGACGUUCUGCCUGAUUACGUAGACCAGUUUUUCAAACCGAGAUCCCUCCGCCCCCGGCUACAGAACAGGACCGUAGCCGUCAGAGUCUGCAAGAAGCAACCCGGUUUAAACCAGAACACAACAACACCGAAAACAAGAAAUUACACAGAUAACGAAGUCUCCAUCGGAGAAUCUGGGGACCACGGGUCUGAUAACAAUGUCACAUUUAAGGCAGAGGACCAGAGGUCAAUCUGUGAGGUCAGGUAUGUGACCGUGUUGUCUGCUGACGAGGAGGGCAACCUGCUCUCCCAGGGAGGGAUCCCCACAGACGUUCUGAAGCAACUGGAGAAGGACGGAGAGUGGAAGGCUUCAGAGACCCAGGAGGGAGGGGGUCUGGGUGGGGAGCAGGGGGGGAAGAGACAAAGACGCCAGGCCAGGGUAGAAGGAGGAGAGGAUGGGGAGGAGGUAGAGGAGGGAGGUCUGGGCAGGGAGCAGGGGGGGAAUGGAAGACAGAGACGCCAGGCCAGUUUGGAGGGUGGAGAGAGCAACAAGCUAGCGGAGAACUGUGAGGAGGAGGUGCUGAAGGAGUGGAAGGGUCGGGUAUAUGGGGAGGCGCUGGAGCAGGAGCAGAGAGAAGAGCAGAAGGUGGAGGUGUUGGAUCAGCAGGAGGAGCAGGGACAAAAGGGGGAGUUGGAUCGAGAUUCACAUCCUCUAAGCACAUAUCACACAGAUAAGGACCCUCUAUUCUUGGAGUUAGAUGGAUGGAGGGAUCUAGACCCUCUGAAAAACACUUUGAAAGCGCUCCCGGAUCAGCUGAAGGUGCAGCAACAGAGGGAGGAGCAGAAAGCUGGGGAGGUGCAUCCCCUAAACAACAACCCUCACACAGAUCCAGACACCCCUCUACUGGAUUUGUUGGAUCUAGACUUCUCCAAUGUCUCCAAUGACAAUGAGACGGCUCCCAGGAACGCAGUGUCUCUGGAGUAUGAUGACUAUAGUGAGAAGGACACUGGGACAACCUACAUGGGGACAGAGGACAACCUGGACCUGAGGACCACAGAUGGACAUUACCGCAGCUACUACAUCGCUGCACAGGAGAUCACAUGGGACUAUGGGAUCAGGAAACCACAUCAGCUCAUAAAAACAAGAGAGAGGCGUAGGGGAAUGAGGAAGUUCCUGAUGGAAUAUAAGAAGGUGGUGUUCAGGGCCUACAGUGAGAGAGACUUCCAGAUCCCUGUCACCAGAGGAGAGCUGCAGGAACAUCUUGGACUCAUGGGUCCUAUCAUUAAAGCUGAGAUCAACGACCUCCUUACCGUGACCUUCAAGAACAUGGCGUCCAGGCCGUACUCCCUGCACCUCCAUGGAGUGUAUGAUAAGACCCAGGGUGAUGGAUGGACCCAGACCCAGUGGGGGUCCUCCAGGGCUGGGGUGGCGGGGGUCCCUGGGGAGGCGGUCCAGCCUGGGGAGGUCAGGGUCUACACCUGGAGGAUCACCAGGAAGCAGGGGCCCACCGCUGCAGAGUUUGACUGUAAGGCCGGGGCCUACUACUCUACACAGAAUAAGGUGAAGGACCUCCACUCCGGUCUGAUUGGCCCCUUAGUAAUCUGUAAACCAGGCACCCUCCACCCCCAACUGAACCUACAGCCCAACCUACAGGAGUACGCCCUCCUCUUCCACACCUUCGACGAGACCAAGAGCUGGUACCUGGACGAGAACAUCCGUCAGUACUGCAUCCCGCCCUGCCAGGCCCGGAGAGAUGACCCCUGGUUUCAGCUCAGCAACAAGUUUGCAGCGAUAAACGGCUACGUGGCAGAGACACUUCCUGGUCUGAUGGUUGGCCAGCACCAGCAAGUCAGGUGGCACCUGCUGAACGUCGGGGGCGACGGGGAGUAUCACACCGCCCACUUCCACGGUCUGCCCUUCAGCAUUCACAAGGAGCAGGAGCAUCGCAUGGGGGUGUACAACCUCUAUCCUGGUGUGUUUGGCACAGUGGAGAUGAGGCCGGCCACAGUGGGGACCUGGAUGGUGGAGUGUACAGUAGGAGAGCACCAGCUAGCCGGCAUGAGGGCUAAACUACUGGUCUACAACCCACGAUGCAUCCAGCCUCUGGGGUUGAGGUCAGGAAGAAUAGACGAUUCCCAGAUCACGGCAUCAGACCACAUAGGUAACUGGGAGGCCAGGCUGGCGAGGCUGGAGCUAUCUGGUUCUGUCAACGCCUGGAUGGGCACGAAUCAGAAAUCAUGGAUCCAGGUGGACCUCCAGAGACCCACUCUGCUCCAUGGGAUUCAGACCCAGGGUGCCAGAGCCUCUCUGGGCCUGAAGGACUACUUCAUCGUGCACUUCACCCUCUCCUACAGCUUAGACCAGGAGACCUGGACUAACUACAAGGGGAACAGCACCACGCCAUCUUAUAUAUUUAACGGUAACCUGGAUGGCUCAAAGGUGAAGGAGAACCAUCUGUUUCCCCCAAUCCUCGGGCGCUACAUCAGACUGCAGCCUGUCACCAUCCAGAGGAACCCUGCUCUUCGCAUGGAGCUACUGGGCUGUGACCUCAACAGCUGCUCCUUCCCCCUGGGUCUCCAAAGGAGGUUGGUCCCAGACAGCAGCUUCCGAGCCUCCUCCUUCCUGCAGACCUGGAGGCUCUCUUGGAGCCCCGCCCUCGCACGCCUCCGCCAGGACGGCAGCGCCAACGCAUGGCGCCCCAAGGUCAAUAACCCCCAUGAGUGGCUGCAGGUGGACUUCCUGGUUAUGAAACGCAUCACAGGGGUUGUGACUCAGGGGGCGUGGUCUAUUCUGACUCAAAUGAUGGUGACAGAGUUCUCCGUAACCAUUAGCGAUGAAGGUCACUCCUGGUCCAACGUGGUUGACGAGGAAUCGCAAAGAGAGAAGAUGUUCUUGGGGAACAGUGAGCCAGAUGAGGAGAUGCUGAACCUCUUUGAUCCUCCUCUGUUUGCCCGCUUCAUACGGAUCCACCCCAGAGGCUGGGUCAACGACAUAGCCCUGCGCUUGGAGUUCGUGGGCUGUGACACCCAGCAGCGUCUCUGAGAAACAGAGACAGGGCAGGGGACCCCACUGUGCAGCUCCACACUCAGGCCCACCUCAUCGUCAUCUCUUCCCUAGAGAAUAUUUAAUGAGCAUAUCAGUGAUGUAAUGAUCAUGAAAUAGUCAUGUCAUUGAUGAACAGAGUAAGUGAAUGUAGGUAAAAGGUUUGUUUAGCUAGGUUCACGGUCAUAUAUGAUAUUAUUUAGAUGAUAUAAUGUUGUAACUGUCUAUUGAUGAGCUUCAGCUGAGAACAGUUUUGUCUCAUUUACAAUGUAUACUGCUACUAACACUAUGACUUCUGACAUUCCAGCUGUGAUCAACCACAUGUAAAUAGUACAAUAUAAUUAUUAUUUUCUGUCUGGAUGGAUGUAUGCACAGUAUACUGUAUAGUACUGUACAUGCAAUAUAUCAUAUGCACUGAGGGGAGAGGGACUGAGUUUAUAUUGUUAAAUAAACAGAGGUCACUGUUG